CGUCAUGGCGCGUGCAGAUUGACAAGCAAUUUUGUUGUUUUGUUUAUUUUUUUAAGGGGGAGGGUUGUGUUUUGAUUGUUUUAAUUUGAAGUUCAGUGGUUGUUGCAUUUGAUGAAACAUGCCAGGUACAAAUAAAGCUGAAAUUACACCAAACGGCUGGACCCUUGCGGAAAUGGUGGAAGAAACAAAAGGGAAACUUCAUCUUAAAGAGCGAGAUGCCAAUGCCUUUUACGAGAGUUCGGAGGUCAAAAAAAUGACUAAUGAAGAGCUGAUUUCACGCAUGAGGAAGGAAAAUAAGCAGAAAAGAAUUGAGCUGGCCAGAUGCAUAUGUGGAGAUGAAACUGUGAUUCACUCAGCAUUCCAUCAUCGAAAAGAAGAACUGCUGUCAAUGCAAAGGUUUACUCCAGAGAAAGCCAUCAUCGUUAUGGACGAGAAGGUUUGUGAUGCUAACAACAAGCUGAACUCCGUAUUGCACCAGAAGGCAAAGAAACAGGCUACCCUCGCAGAACUACAGAGCGAGUUGGAUCACAUGUCCUUCAUGAACACGACAGACUCAAAUGAUAGCACAGAAAAGGAAAUCAGGCGUAUCCAGAAUGAGAUGGACAAGGCUCUCAUCAAAGUUGGCGCAGCUUGUAACAUAACAUGUAGAUAUGAAGCCAUUAUGGACAGCUUACAAAAGGAGGUGCGCAACUACCCUGCCAUUCUGGACAAUCUCGAGAAUCAAGUUAAGAAAUCAACUGAAGAACAAGAAGAAUUGCAGAGAAUGACUGAAAAAGCCAUAAAAGCCGGCGAAGACGCCAGGAGAGAUUUACACACAAUGGAGCGUGAAAUGUACCAGGCUAAGAGAGCCAGAGACCAGCAGCUGAAUGAGAUGAAAAAGGAGGUCGAUAAACGAAAAGAGGUCCACGAUAGAUCGGAUAAACGGCAAAAAAUUGCUCUCAUCAGUGACUCCAGUGACUCAAGACAGGCAAAACUUCUGGUCCUGAAAGCUGAACGACAAGAGAAGGUUCUGACGUUAGAAGAUGCAUUUGAGAGAAUUAUGAUAGCCACACAUGUGUCUGAUAUGGAGGAUAUAAUCUACCGCCUAGAAAACCAAGACAACACGUAUCGGCAGCUUAGUCAGAUGGAGAAAGAGAAAACGGUGAAACGAAACAUGCUGGCAGACGAGCUCACAAAACAGAAGGCUGUAUUCCAGGAACUAAAGUUCACCAGUGAGGGCCAUGUUCAGAGGGGUUGCAAAGCAGUAGAAGAUAUGGCUGGCUACUUAAAGUACGAAGAAAACAGGCGCAACACAGCUGUAGAAAACUACCAAAGGAACAACAAACUGCAUAUUAAUCUUCAGUCAGGGACCACAACUCUUUUAGAAAAAUUGAAAGAAGUCCGACUCAAACCGCCCUUCCACAAUUUUGCUGCUGGAGACCCAAUAGAAGACUUGAAGCAGUGUGGACGAAAACUGGACCUCGUGUUGACAAACCUGGGGCUGAAAAAGAAUGACCAGUCUCAGAUCCAUAAAGUUGAGAGUGAAAAGCUUCACGAAUACCUGGAAGCCAAAAUUCCACCUGACAACAUAAGAAUCCGCAUUGACACCGCUGAUGACAGCGACGAGGAUGAUUUCCACUUCGAUCACGACCAAGAAAACGAUGGGUUCACCUCCAGAGAAGAUAUUAAACGCCAGGGCCAAGAUAUUCUUAAUUCUAAAUUGAAGCCUAAAAAGAAGAAAGCGCGAAAGCGCAAUAAUUAAUAAAUGUUUGUUUACACAUUAUUUCACCUCUGAAGUACAUAAUGGGGGCAUCUUAUGAUUAAUUGUAACUUACCAUCUAAUUUUCCAAUCCAUAGCGCUCAGAUAUAACGAUCCAUUUUUAAAUCCAAUUGCCCGACUAGAAUUAUCAAUCAACACUCAUUUGGAGUUUUUACAAUUUGAAUUUUUGGCUUUAUUUCUGACAUUCACUAAGCAAUCAAUUGAAAGUCAAAAUCUUUCUACAUUUGAUCUUAAACACACAGGAUGAUUUUCAAUAUAUAUUUUAGUCUUUUUUUGUCAUCUAUGCAUUAUGUUAUAAUCAAGUACAUGCUAGCAGUAAGAAAACAUUAAGGAACAAACGAUUUAAAUUGUAAUUAUUCUCCAAACUGAUCUGGUACCUCUAGUUGUCACUGAUAUUUAGUCACAUGCAACAAC